AUGGCCGAUCUACCUUGUAACGGAAUCGCCCGCUAUGCUUACAUUGGUUCCAGCAUAGAUCCGAACUCCGUGUCCAUGCACGCGGGAGAGGAGCUGACUGUGCUGGAGAAAAGCCAUGAUGGGACCUGGAUGCUCAUUGCCCUUGAGAACGGCAAACACGGUUGGGUUCCGACCAUUUGCUUGGCCCUUGAACCUCGACGCGAGCAGCGCGCGGAGUCGCCCAAGACCGUGGAAUCGCCCAAGACCGUGGAAUCGCCCAAGCGUGUGGAGUCGCCCAAGUCUCUGCCUACGACUCCGGCGCCUACCUGUGAGCCCACGGUCAUCGUUACUCACCCGGAGUACAUGGACCACAACACGAGGCGUGAGCUCUUGCGAACGAUCUCAGAUCACCAGCAGGGCCUUACCCCAAAGGAAAAGCUGGGUCUCUUCAAUUCCAAGAUCCCACGAUGCACCUGCUUCGAGGGGCUCAAACGACUCUGCGGCUGCUGCGCAAAGUGA